AUGGUGAUUCUCAGAAAAGGCGAUCACAUAUGGAUGGAACCUCCUUCAAGCAGUGAAUACAAUGUGCCCAUUGGGGCAGUUGUGAAGUUUUCUGAAUCAGGACGGUUUUUAAUAGAGGAUGAUGAAGGCAAGGAACACUGGAUCACGGCUCAAAACAUUAGUGCUGUACGACCAAUGCAUCCCACCUCUGUCAAAGGAGUUGAAGACAUGAUAUGCCUUGGAGACCUCAAUGAAGCUGGCAUGGUGCGCAAUCUCCUGUUUCGCUAUAAGGAGCACAAAAUCUACACCUAUACAGGCUCUAUUUUAGUAGCAGUGAAUCCAUACCAAGAGUUGCCGUUGUAUACCAUGGAACAAAUCAGACUCUACUGUAACAAAAGGAUUGGGGAAUUGCCUCCUCAUGUCUUUGCCAUUGCUGACAACUGUUAUUUCAACAUGAAGAGAAAUAAGAGAGAUCAGUGCUGUGUCAUCAGCGGAGAAUCUGGAGCUGGGAAGACCGAAAGCACAAAGCUGAUACUGCAGUUCUUGGCUUCUGUCAGUGGUCAACAUUCUUGGAUUGAGCAGCAGAUUCUAGAGGCCAAUCCCAUUUUAGAAGCUUUUGGAAAUGCCAAGACAAUUAGAAAUGACAAUUCAAGCCGCUUUGGGAAGUACCUUGAAAUUCACUUCACUCAAAAUGGGGUGAUUGAAGGAGCCAGGAUAGAACAGUUCCUUCUGGAGAAGUCAAGGGUUUGUCGCCAGGCUCCAGAGGAAAGGAACUAUCACAUCUUUUAUUGCAUGUUAAUGGGGAUGAAUCCAGAACAGAAAAAGAAGCUAAAUCUGGGCACUGCUUCUGAGUACACCUAUCUCACUAUGGGUAACUGUACUUCCUGUGAAGGUCGUAAUGAUGCCAAGGAAUAUGCUCAUAUCCACUCUGCUAUGAAGAUCCUCAUGUUCUCCGAUUCUGAGCACUGGGAAAUCAGCAAACUGCUGGCAGCUAUUUUGCAUCUGGGGAAUAUAGAGUUUGAAGCUGCUGUGUACGAUAAUUUGGACUGUUCUGCUGUGCUCGAUUCUGCACACUUUUCCAUUGCAACCAAACUACUUGAGGUGGCUUCCGGGGAACUCCACAAUAGUCUUACAAAUCAUUCCAUCAUCAUCCGAGGGGAAAGUGUCUCCAUGCCCUUAAGUGUUGCCCAAGCUGCUGAUGUGAAAGAUGCCUUUGUGAAGGGGAUUUAUGGGUUCCUCUUCUUGUGGAUAGUGAAUAAGAUCAAUGCUGCAAUCUACAAGCCACCCUCACAAGAUAAUAAGAACAUCUGCAGGUCCAUUGGACUACUAGACAUUUUUGGCUUUGAAAAUUUUAAUACCAACAGUUUUGAACAGCUGUGUAUCAACUUUGCCAAUGAGCAUCUCCAGCAGUUCUUUGUACAACAUGUCUUCAAGUUGGAGCAGGAAGAAUACCUGGCUGAGCACAUCUCCUGGAACCACAUUGACUUCACUGAUAACUAUACAGCCUUAGAAGUGAUUGCACUCAAACCCAUGAAUAUUCUGUCACUCAUUGAUGAGGAAAGCAGGUUCCCUAAGGGCACUGACACCACCAUGUUAAAUAAAAUUAACUCUCAUCAUGGCAGAAGCAAAAUCUAUAUUGCACCAAAAAAUGUCCAUGACACAGUCUUUGGAAUCAAUCACUUUGCUGGUAUUGUUUAUUAUCAGUCUAAAGGGUUUCUUGAGAAAAAUCGUGACAUGCUUAGUUCUGAUGUGAUGCAGUUGGUUCAUACAUCCAAAAACAAAUUCCUCAGGCAAGUCUUCCAGGUGGAUGCAGCAAUGAACGGAGCAGAUACUAUCAAACGCCUUUCUACAUUAGGAGGUCAGUUCAAGCAGUCCCUGGAGCAGCUCAUGAAAAUCCUGAGUACAUGCCAGCCGUAUUUUAUCCGUUGUCUCAAACCCAAUGACCACAAGAAGCCAAUGUUGUUUGAUCGAGAACUCUGCAUCCGACAGUUGCGCUAUUCCGGGAUGAUGGAAACCAUUCGCAUUAGGAAGGCUGGUUAUCCAAUUCGUUACAGUUUUGCCGAGUUCUUUGAGAGAUACCAAGUCCUGCAGCCUGUGUCUGCUCAAGAAAAGGUGAAGAAUGAUGCUCGACAGGGCUGCAUUUACAUAUGUGAGACAGUGAUGGGGAAAGACGAUGAAUGGAAAAUUGGAAAGAACAAAGUUUUCCUGAAAGACUAUCAUGACGCAGUACUGGAGGUGCGACGAGACAAAGCACUCACAGAGAAAGCGAUUCUGAUUCAGAAAGUGCUAAGAGGAUUCAAAGACAGGAAACAGUUUCUGAAGCAGAGACACAGUGCUGUGGUUAUUCAGACAGCCUGGAGGGGCUAUUACUGUCGGAAGAACUUCAAGAUGAUCAUGCUGGGGUUUGAGCGACUGCAAGCCGUUUUCCGGAGCAGACAGCUUGCAAAACAAUACGAGACAGCCCGGGCAAGUGUGAUUAAGUUCCAAGCCUUGUGUAGAGGUUACCUGAUGCGUCAGAAAAAAGCUGAACAGCUGAAAGCUGUGUGUGUCAUUCAGGCUUAUACCAGGGGAAUGCUUGCCCGUAGGAGUUUCUUAACAAUGAAGAAAGAGGAGUGCCUAGAAGCUAUGGAGCCAAAAAAAGUUUCUCACAAGCAAAAAGAACAGAAUGCUGCUGACAGCAAACACGACACACUUUAUGACGUUAUCAGUGAUCAGGAAAUGGUGGACAGAGUGUUUGGUUUCUUACCUUCUUUAAUUGGAGGUCAAGAAGGGCAAGCUCCUCUGGGCUUUGAGGACUUGGAGACAAAAAUACCCAAGCUGAAUGAGGUAGACCUGGAUAUGGUCCCGAUGACCAUGGAGCUGGAAGAAGAGGAGACUGAUGACCUAGCAGAGUACACAUUCCCCAAAUUUGCAGCCACUUACUUCCAGGGAUCCUCUACACACACACACAUUCGGCGGACACUGCGCUACCCACUGCUCUACCAUGAUGAGAAGAAUGAUGUUCUGGCAUCUCUAGCUGUUUGGACUGUCAUCUUGCAAUUCAUGGGUGAUUUACCAGAACCAACAAAGAACAUCAGCAGCAAGAACAGCUCUGAGGUGACUCAGAUCUAUGAUAGGAUAGAUAAUUAGUCUGUGGUUCAGGGACCGAGACAAACAAGAACUCUACAAGUAGCAAGCCACCUGGCCAGUGGGGAAGAAGUGCUUCGGGAAGAGAGCACUGCAUCAGAGAGAUCUCUGUCUAACCUUGAAAAGGUGCACUUUAUUAUCAGCAAUGCUAUCCUGCUUCCUGGCAUCAGGGAUGAGAUUUAUUGCCAGAUCUGCAAACAGCUUAGUGGGAAUAACAAUAAAACCAGUUAUCUAAGAGGCUGGAUACUGCUCUCUCUGUGUCUUGGUUCUUUCCCUCCUUCAGAAAAGUUUGUGAAGUUUCUGUUGAAUUUCAUCCGACGUGGACCAUCAUUGUAUGCUGCAUACUGUGCUGAAAGAUUGAGGCGCACAUAUGUCAACGGAGCACGGUCUGAAUCACCUAGUUGGCUGGAGCUUCAGGCAACAAAGAGUAAGAUGCCCAUCACGCUCAGUGUGACUCUGAUGAAUGGAAGCAGCAUCACAGUCCCUGCAGAUUCAGCUUCUACUGCAAAGGAGAUCUGUCAGAUGAUAGCUGAUAAAAUGAACCUGAAGGACACCUUUGGGUUCUCCCUCUACAUUGCUUUGUAUGACAAGGUUUGGUCGCUAGGUAGCGGACGGGAUCACAUCAUGGAUGCCAUUUCCCAGUGUGAACAACUGGAAAGGGAGAAGGGCGGCCAUGAGCGCUACACUCCCUGGCGCCUCUACUUUAGGAAAGAGAUCUUCUCUCCCUGGCACAACUCUAAAGAAGAUCCAGUCAGCACUGAGCUCAUCUAUCAUCAAAUCAUACGUGGGAUUCGGUUUGGAGAAUAUCGCUGUGAGAAGGAGGAAGAUUUGGUGGAAAUAGGAGCCAAAUAUUGCUAUGUCAGGUUUGGAGAAUCCAUCCAGAAUGACUUGGUUCAGAACAUACUACAGGAGUGUAUCCCAGCAAAGCUACUGAGAUCCAAACCCCAGGAGAAGUGGGUGAGCCUCAUCACAUAUGCUCAUGCCAAGGGCCUGUACACCCAGGAUAGGCAUUCACCUCAGAAUGUGAAGGAACAGCUGGUGGAUUUUGCCCGAUUUCAGUGGCCCCUCCUCUUUUCAAGGUUCUUUGAAGUUACCAAAUUUUCAGGACCCAGCCUGCCAAAGAACCAUUUCAUAGUGGCAAUUAACUGGAAAGGUAUUUGCUUUCUAGACGAUUCAGAAAAGAGGCUUCUAGAUCUUUCUUUUCCAGAAAUUACUGGCAUUCAUACCAGCAGGGCAGUCAAGACAUUUGGGCAGAGUUGCACGCUUACCACACUGCGUUCAGAGGAAUUUGUCUUGACAUCAGUCAACAGUGUUGUCAUUGCAGAACUAGUGGUCAUGUUUCUGGAAGGACUGAAGAAGAGAUCGCCAUAUGCUAUAGCAAUGCAGGAGAGCAGACAGCAAGAGGACUUAACGAUCCUGGCUUUUAAAAAAGGGGAUUUGCUUAUUCUAAACCGGGAAAGAGGACUAGAAGAAAGUCAAGGCUGGGUCCAUGCUCAGAAUGAGCGAACCAACAAAUCUGGGCUUGUCUCAGAAGAGUCUAUCUACGUCAUCCCUUCUGUUACAAAACCCUCUAGUCAAAUACUGAGUUUACUGAUGAUGUCACCUGAACAACGGCGACUGGCAUCAUUAAACUCUCGCACCGAGGAGCCUGAGGAAGAGGAACUGAAGGUGAAACCAUACACUCUUGAAGAAUUCUCCUAUGAGCACUUCAGGGUCCCUGAGAAGGAAUCCAUUAGCAGGGCUGUCUUACACAAGUCCCGUGGGCGGAGUCCCCUAUGGGCUCACUCUCGGGAGCCCCUGAAACAGCCUUUACUGAAGAAGGUAUGCACCAAUCCAGACCUUUGGGAUUCUGCUUGCCAGACGUUCAUUGCUAUCAUGAAAUACAUGGGAGAUUACCCUUCAAAGCAAGAGAGAAACCCUGUGGAGCUCACUGACCAGAUAUUCGUAGUGGCUAUUCAGGAGGAAGUUCUGCAUGAUGAGAUCUACUGUCAGAUUAUGAAGCAGCUCACGGAGAACAGCAACAGAUACAGCGUGAACAACGGCUGGCAGUUACUCUGGCUCUGCACAGGGCUUUUCCCUCCUAGUAAAUCUCUGCUGAAACAUGCUCAGAAGUUCAUAGAGACUCGUCAGAAGGAGAACCUGGCUUUAGAUUGCAGACGCAGAAUCCAGAGGGUUAUGAGGAGUGGUUCUCGGAAGUGGGGCCCCCACAGUGUGGAAGUGGAGGUGAUACAGAAGAACAUUACAAAGAUAUCCCACAAGGUUUACUUUCCAAAUGAUACAGAGCAGGUAUUUGAAGUAGGGACACACACAAAAGUAAGGACACUGUGUCAGACAAUUGCCUGCAAGCUGGAACUAAAUUCCUGGGAAGGAUUCAGCCUCUUUGUCAAGAUUGCAGACAAGGUGAUCAGUCAGAAUGAAGCUGAUUACUUCUUUGACUCCUUGAGACAGGUGACAGACUGGAUGAGGAAGAACAAGCCUGGCAAAGAGGUGGUUCCUGUGACUGUGAAUUACCAGGUAUAUUUCAUGAGAAAAUUGUGGCUAAAUGUGACUCCUGGGAAAGACUUGAAAGCUGACUGCAUCUUUCAUUACCACCAGGAACUGCCCAAGUAUCUAAGAGGCUAUCACAAGUGCUCAAAAGAGGAUGCCAUCGAGCUAGGUGGUCUGAUAUUCAAAGUUUGUUUUAAGAAUUGUCAAACACAGCAGGCAGUAAUCCCCAAAAUGUUAAAGGAACUAGUGCCUGAGAAUAUGAUCCGAACAACAUCUCCAGAGGAAUGGAAAAGGAACAUUAUUUAUGCCUGCAGUAAACAUGAACAGAAAACUGAGGAAGAGGCCAAGGUUGCCUUCUUGAAGUACAUCGGUCAUUGGCCAACAUUUGGCUCAGCCUUCUUUGAAGUGAAGCAAACUUCAGAGCCAGGUUUCCCAGACAUUAUCCUGAUUGCGAUCAACAAACAAGGAGUAUCUUUAAUACAUCCAAAGACUAAGGAGAUCUUGACACUUUACCCCUUCAAUAAAAUCUCCAACUGGAGCAGUGGCAGCACAUAUUUCCAUAUGACCAUAGGAAACCUGAUACGAGGCAGUCGGCUUCUUUGUGAGACAUCAUUGGGAUACAAAAUGGAUGACUUGUUGACAUCGUACGUACACCUGUUAAUGAAUGCUGUUAACAAACAGAUAAAUCUCAAUGUCCCUGCCUGA